AUGUUAGGUCGCGGCGGCGGGACGGGCAGGGGGCGACGAGCUGUCGCGGCGGCGGGACGGGCAGACGGCGCCGAAGCAGGCGCGGCGGCGGGAAGGGGAGGCGGCGACGUGACGUCGCGACGGAGGGACGGGCAGGCGGCGACGAGGCGUCGCGGCGGCGGGAUGCGCAGGCGGCGCCGAAGCAGGCGCGGCGGCGGGAACGCGGCGACGAGACGUCGCGGCGGAGGGACGGGCAGGCGGCGACGAGGUGUCGCGGUGGCAGGAUGCGCAGGCGGCGCCGUAGCAGGCGCGGCGGCGGGAACGCGGCGACGAGACGUCGCGGCGGAGGGACGGGCAGGCGGCGACGAGGCGUCGCGGCGGCAGGAUGCGCAGGCGGCGCCGAAGCAGGCGCGGCGGCGGGAACGCGGCGACGAGACGUCGCGGCGGAGGGACGGGCAGGCGGCGACGAGGCGUCGCGGCGGCAGGAUGCGCAGGCGGCGCCGUAGCAGGCGCGGCGGCGGGAAGGGGAGGCGGCGACGUGACGUCGCGGCGGAGGGACGGGCAGCGGGCAGGCGGCGACGAGGCGUCGCGGCGGCAGGAUGCGCAGGCGGCGCCGAAUCAGGCGCGGCGGCGAGAAGGGGAGGCGGCGACAGGGGGUCGCGGCGGGGGGGAGGAGGGGACAGCGGCGUUGCGCUCGCGGCGGUGGAAUCCGCAGGCGAGGAAGGCGUAAUCGCGGCGGGAGGGGGGGGGAACGGCGGCGACGGCGUAGCCCCUUCCUCCCGCAAGGCCCGUCGCAAACCAGCAGUAGCCCCACCUCCCUCGCCCCCACCACCCUCACUGGAUCUGGCGCUGAUAACCGCCUACCAGCUGCUAUGCAAGGCCUACGUACGGGUGAGCGGGGUGCAAGGCCUAUGUGCCGAUGAGUGGGGUAUGUGGGCAGUUAAGGGCGUGAGGCAGCGAUUGAAAUGCAUGUGUGCUGUCUCGCCCCCGGCCUCUGCCCUUCCUCCCACCCUCCUCCAUCACCUUGCUGCUCUUCAACUCUUCCCAUUGCCCACUCACCCUCUUGAAUCUCCCCAAUCCCCCCCCCACUCGCUCCCCAUUCCCCAUCGCCCCGCUCCUCCACCCCUCUCCCUACUCAUCUCACCGCCCCCACAGCUACUGGCUGCGUUCGUCUUAGACAGCAAGCUGCCGCACCACCCCUCUCCCUUCAACUCCGACCGUCAGGUGUGUCUUCAACUCCGACCGCCAGUGACCUCCCCUGCGCCCGCCCACCAGCACUACAAGAAGCGCUAUGCAGUGCUUAAGAGGGUGCACCUGCCAUCUCUUGCCUGUUGUUUCCCCUUCACCUCCCACAAACACCCCAGCGCCCCUCCCCCUCACACCCCUCCUUGUACGCCCGCCCACCAGCGCUACCAGCAGCGCUAUGCGGUGCUCAAGAGGGUGCAGCUGCCCGAGCCGCUCUCCUACGCCGCCUUCCAACGUGCCGUACCAGAGCUCGACCAAAUGCUGCUUGGUUUCGUCCGCACCACCGUCACCAACCUGCCCACCAUUCACUCCAUUCUCUCCCCACUGCCACCCACCUGCCCUCCCGUCCAUACAGAGCUCUACCAGAUGUCGCUCGACUUCUUCCGCACCACCGCCACCAACCUGCCCACCAUCCAUGCACUCGCAGCCACAGCCGCGCCUGGAGGCACGGCGGGAGCGAGUGAGGCAGUGGAGGGGGAGGUGCAGCAGCUGGAGCGUGUGUGUGCCAGCAACGCCACGGCGCUCUUUGUGGCUCACAGGGCGGGGGAAGGGUCGGUGCUCAAGGCGUCUUUUGAGUUCGCCGCACAUCCUUUCUUCCCUGUAGUCACUCUCAAGCGUGCUUAG